AUGAAAACCCAAGCCGCAGUCCUCUUGCUGUUUGCCGGCCGGCCUGCAGCCUUGGACGGCUGUGAAAGACUUGCCCUGAGAAGGCGGCCUCCGGAGAAGCUGGGUCUCUGGGGAACGCUUACCGGGUGGUGCGGCCUCAUCUCAGGUUGCGGCCCAUGGGGGGAGGCCAAAGCUGCUUUGAAGAGUUUCGUGGUGACAGCCGUGGGCUUAAAAGUGAUAUUUGAUCACUUAGGCCCAGCUGAAUCCGCCCUCACGUGCCUGCAGGGACCCAAUGACCGAGACCCACGCUCUCCAUACGGUCGCAUGCGCUCACAGUGCCGGAGCUCGAGCGAGGCCCCGCCCCGGCCGCACGGUGCGUUCGCGUUAAUCCUCCCAAGAGGUCUCGGCCACUGGGGCUUCAGGUUCCUACCGAGCAUUGUUUCCGAACUCGGCCAAGAGAGCGUGUCCUGA